AUGAAAUGCUCUCUUCAACUCCGUCAUAAUUCUAAACCAGUUUUUAUAAAACCGAGAGAAAUCCCUUAUGCUAUCCGAAAAGAUGUGGAAUUAGAAUUAGAAGAACUCCAAAGAGACGAAAUCAUCACACCAAUAGAAAAGAGCGACUGGGGAUCGCCAUUAGUUCCAGUUCCCAAGCCAGAUGGGAAAAUCCGACUCUGUGUUGAUUAUAAAGUUGCUGUCAAUCCUCAACUCAUGGAAUCACAUUAUCCGAUACCUAGAAUCGAAGAGCUACUUCAAAAUAUUAAAGAAUCAAAUUAUUAUUGCAAACUCGAUCUUUAUAAGGCCUACUUACAUGUGGAAGUGGAUGAGGAAAGUAGUCAGAUACAAACGAUUUCAACGCACAAAGGAACUUAUCGAAUGAAUCGUCUCAGUUUUGGUAUCAAGACAGCUCCGGGGGAAUUUAACAGGAUCUUAAUAUUUUACAAGGAUUGA